GGCUAGAGCGACUCUGCGGCGCGGGUGGGGGAACCUGGAGCUCGAGCGCGGAGCCUUCGGUUCCUGAGGCUGCAGUGGCUUGCUUGCUUCUCUUCCCAUCCGACAGCCUGGUGGAGUCCUGGAGAUGGGAGAAGUCCCCGGAGGGGCGGCCCCAGGGCCUCCCCGGUCUGGCCUGGUGUCCGUCAUCAUUGGGGCAGAGGAUGAGGAUUUUGAGAACGAGCUGGAGGUGAACUCAGAAGAUCAAAACAGCCAGUUCCAGAGCCUGGAGCAAGUGAAGCGACGCCCAGCCCACCUCAUGGCCCUCCUGCAGCAUGUGGCCCUGCAGUUCGAGCCAGGACCACUGCUCUGCUGCCUGCAUGCAGACAUGCUAAGCUCACUGGGCCCCAAAGAAGCCAAGAAGGCCUUCCUCGACUUCUAUCACAGUUUCCUGGAGAAGACUGCGGUUCUACGGGUGCCGGUUCCUUCCAGUGUCGCUUUUGAACUUGAUCGUACGCGGCCUGAUCUCAUCUCUGAGGACGUCCAGAGGCGGUUCAUACAAGAGGUGGUACAGAGCCAGCAAGCAGCCGUGAGCCGUCAGCUUGAGGACUUCCGCUCCAAGCGGCUCAUGGGCAUGACGCCCUGGGAGCAGGAGCUGAGUCUGCUAGAGCCCUGGAUUGGGAAAGACCGAAGCAACUAUGAGGCCCGAGAGCGGCAUGUUGCGGAGCGGCUGCUGUCCCACCUAGAGGAAAUCCAACAUACCAUCUCUACAGAUGAAGAGAAAAGUGCUGCUGUGGUCACCGCCAUCAGCCUGUAUAUGCGCCACCUUGGGGUCCGGACCAAGAGUGGGGACAAGAAGUCAGGGAGGAACUUCUUCCGGAAAAAGGUGAUGGGGAAUCGGCGGUCAGACGAGCCCCCCAAGACAAAGAAAGGGCUGAGCAGUAUCCUAGAUCCUGCCCGUUGGAACCGGGGAGAGCCAUCUGCUCCAGAUUGUCGACAUCUGAAGGCUGAGGUUGACGCAGAGAAGCCAGGCCCUGCAGACCGGAAGGGAGGCCUGGGUAUGUCUUCUCGGGAAAGGACUGUUGGGACUCCCGGGCAGGAAAACCCAGGAGUCUCCCUGCACCCUGUGUCUGCAGACAGCCUUGACUCCCGGGAACCAGGUGUAGAUACCCCGCAGGAGCCAGGGGAUACACCCCAACAGGGCCCUACAAGCUCGGAGCCCCUGGUGCCUCCAGAGAGCACAGAGGACAACGGCGAGACUGAGAGGCUAUCAGGGCGUCUGGGUCGCUCAGAGAGCCUGCGGGUGAGUGACCGCCGCCGGCCUUCCCGGGGCAGCCUCGGGGCUAAGGGCCGGGGUGGGGGCCGCUCCCGGAGCGACGUGGACAUGGACCCGAGCUCUGCCACGGCCGUGCUUGGCCCUGCCCGACGAGCCACCCCCGAGCCCGGAGAUGAUGGGGAGCCAGGACGGUCGGGCCUGGAACUGGAACCAGAAGAACCCCCUGGGUGGAGGGAACUGGUGCCCCCAGACACUCUGCUCAGCCUGCCCAAGAGCCAAGUGAAGCGACAAGAGGUCAUCAGUGAGCUGCUGGUGACAGAGGCAGCACACGUGCGCAUGCUACGGGUACUGCAUGAUCUCUUCUACCAGCCCAUGGCGGAUGGGGGCUUCUUCCCUCUGGAGGAGCUGCAGAACAUCUUCCCCAGCCUGGACGAGCUCAUCGAGGUGCACUCCCUGUUCCUCGAUUGCUUGAUGAAGCGGAGACAAGAGAGUGGCUACCUCAUUGAGGAGAUCGGCGAUGUGCUCCUGGCCCGGUUCGAUGGAGCUGAGGGCUCAUGGUUCCAGAAGAUCUCCUCCCGCUUCUGCAGCCGCCAGUCAUUCGCUCUAGAGCAGCUCAAAGCCAAACAGCGCAAGGAGCCUCGAUUCUGUGCCUUUGUGCAGGAAGCGGAGAGCCGCCCACGAUGCCGGCGCCUACAGUUGAAGGACAUGAUCCCCACUGAGAUGCAGCGACUGACCAAGUACCCGCUGCUGCUGCAGAGCAUCGGACAGAACACAGAAGAGCCUGUGGAACGGGAGAAAGUAGAGCUUGCAGCUGAGUGCUGCCGUGAGAUUCUGCACCACGUCAAUCAAGCCGUCCGUGACAUGGAGGACCUGCUGCGGCUCAAGGAUUACCAGCGGCGCCUGGACCUGACUCACCUACGGCAGAGCAGUGACCCUAUGCUGAGCGAGUUCAAGAACCUGGACAUCACUAAGAAGAAGUUGGUCCAUGAAGGCCCCCUCACAUGGCGAGUAACCAAAGACAAAGCUGUAGAGGUGCAUGUGCUCCUGCUGGACGACCUGCUGCUGUUACUCCAGCGCCAGGAUGAGAGGCUGCUCCUCAAGUCCCACAGCCGGACGCUGACACCCACGCCCGACGGCAAGACCAUGCUGCGGCCUGUGCUCCGGCUGACCUCUGCCAUGACCCGGGAGGUGGCCACCGAUCACAAAGCUUUCUACGUCAUUUUUACCUGGGACCAGGAGGCCCAGAUAUAUGAGCUGGUGGCACAGACAUCGUCGGAACGCAAGAACUGGUGUGCCCUCAUCACUGAGACUGCCGGAUCCCUCAAGGUCCCUGCCCCUGCCUCCCGCCCCAAACCCCGGCCCAGCCCAAGCAGCACCCGAGAACCCCUGCUCAGCAGCUCUGAGAACGGUACUGGAGGCGCAGAGAUAGCUCCAGCUGAUGCCCGGACAGAGCGGAUCCUCAGCGACCUCCUGCCCUUCUGCAGACCAGGCCCAGAGGGCCAGCUUGCUGCCACAGCCCUUAAGAAAGUACUGUCCCUGAAACAGAUUCUGUUAAGCACUGAGGAAGACAGUGGAGCGGGGGCUCCCCGAGAUGGGGAUAGGGUGCCUGGUGGUGGUGGUGCUCCAGGCCCCGAGCACACCCAGGAGAUUGAAGAAAACCUGCUUAGCCUAGAAGUGACCAUCAGACAACUGGAGGAGGUAGAAGAGGAAUUUUGUCGCUUAAGACCCCUCCUGUCUCAGCUUGGGGGGACUCUGUCCCCCAACCUGGCUGCACCUGAACGCUCUCCUCAGACAGGCCUUUCAUGAAGAGAAGAGUGGGGUAGAGGAUGCAGGGGGCCCCCACCCCCACAGCUGCCACAGCAUCUCACACCCCAGAGGCCUUGAGCAGAGGGAGACUGGCUGAACUUGAUAGUGGACCUACCCCGGCCCCUGCCUCCUGCCCUGGCCUCUGCCUUUCUCCCUCCUGCCUUCUGCUUGGGGGACUCAGGGAUUCACUCCCAGAGCACUCCCAUAAUCCCCAUUUCCAGGCCAUCUCAGUAUUGCCUAUGGGGGGGGUCACCCUCCAUCCUCUUCCCCAAGUGCCUUUGCUCUGUUUUUAUAUCCUGAAUUGGAGGUUUAUUUUUAAUAUAUAUUAUCUAAGGAGAGA